AUCAGGUCAAACUGAUGUGAUUUAUUUAAAAUUAAUUUUGUAUUUAUUAAUUAAAGGUAGCUCAAUUAGAACAAUUGUGAAAUUUAUGUCUGUACUCAGUCCAUCCAGUGCAUUUUGUAAAAUUAAAGGAUUAACUAAAUCGUUGGAUGUGUAAGAUAUUUGUUGAAGCAAGGAAAAAUAUGACAAACUGUUUCUUUGGACUCCGAAAUUUGCAGCGCAAAAUUUCGCACAAAUAAUAAUAAUUUGAAAAACAAAUUCUUCAAGUGUGGACGGGGAUUAUUGACGAUUACCAUAGAAACAUUUUUAAUUAAUAAGCUGUAAAUGCUCGACACUGACGAGUGAAAAUCAGUUAAAUGGAUUCUGAGGGAAAUUUAGAAAAAGAGACAACGGAGCUUGUGGAAACUCAAACUGACACAUUCUCCGAUAAAACCUGGACUGAAUUUCCUAGGCUUACGAUUUUUCAUGACAACCUAGCAGAUAUUCCCCCAGUAUUGAUGCGAUUUCUAAUUAAAGGCGAGUAUGCUCAGCGUAAUUUGGACGAAAUAAGGAGAUACCAAUCGUCUCUCCACUUAUUGAAGAAACGCUGUGAGUUUAUCAUGCCGACCCUACAUUUCCAGGAGGGUAUCAUGACCAGAAAAUCAAUUAAGGGGUGGCACUCAGAUUUCGAAGAGGCCGACAGAUUUGCCAAAUACAAAGACCAGAAAGAUUUUGACAUGAUCCUUAUCGGCUCGCCUGCCUUCGAACAGCACCACCCCCUCCAAACGUGGAUAGCUAACCACUCCCACCACACCCACUUUACCGAUCCUACCGAAGCUCUGGAAAUUUAUCAGUACCAGAUAGCCAUUUUAAGAGGGCUAGUUGACGGCGUGAAAUUUCUCCAUCAAAACGGAAUUAUCCAUGGGGAGCUAAAUUCGAACAAUUUAGUCUUUCAGUGGAACAACGCGCAAAAAUAUUGUCUCCCAGUUCAAAUAAUUCAUACCGGAUUCGGACCAAAAUUCGUGGCACCCGAGUGGAAAUCGGGGGACGUACUUACGAAAGAGGGUGACCUGUAUGCUAUGGGGUUUCUAAUAAGGACGAUUGCCUUUUUGGUGAAUCCUGACAAACACGGGAGAACGUAUUCGUGGUCACGUUCUCCAUUUGUCAUGAUGGGAUAUGGCGAUAUGGAACAUCCCAUUUUAAUAAACGCGGGUAAUCUUGUCAAAUCGUUAGUAAGUGAGGACAUUCAAGAAAGAAUUACGCAAAUGGAAGAUGUAAAUAUAGAAAUAUCCGAGGAAAUUUCCCAACUACCUAAUUCCGCCGUCAGAGCAGUUCAACUCACCCGGGAUCAUGAUUUCUUUAAGAAUAUUAAAAUCGAACAAGAGCUCGGAAGAGGGGGUUAUGGUGUCGUGUUUCAAGCACAAAAUAUAAAAGUUGGACUUCAAAGUGCAGUUAAGAUACUGCAACCCUUAGGCCCGGGACAGGUCUUAUCUUCAGUUACGCCGCUACUCUCGGAAAAAGAAGAUUUGGUGGAUGAAUUUCGAAAAUGCGAAUUUCUUUACCAUCCAAAUAUAGUGAGAUUGUUCCAGUUCGCGUUUAUGCAAGCGAGCAGACAGGAAUUGGCUUCAUUUUUUCCAGAGGAUUCCGAAGAAGAGACGAUUGAGAGACUAAAACCAGUCGGAGACCUGGAGUAUGAGCUGCCAUGCUUGGAAAUGGAAUUAUGUGGCCUAUCCUUGAGAUCUUGGUUGGACGAUGGGAAGAUUGACGCAAUUGAAAAAUCUAGAUUGUACAUUGCGCAGAUACGAAUUAUCCACGGAAUCAUUGAGGGGAUGAAAUUUCUUCAUUAUAAAGACAUCCUUCACAGAGAUCUAAAUCCAAAUAACGUGUUUUUUAGCGGUGGGAGGUAUGAAUUUCCAGUUAAAGUCGGUGAUUUCGGAUUAUCUCAAAUACUCUUUGCUACCGUCCCAAAUAGCAAAGAUAAUACGCAAGGUCGAACAGAUAAUUACAGUCUUACCGAAGGUAUCGGGACCUUUGCUUACCGAGCACCUGAAAUUAGUGAUGGACAUUAUGGAAAACAAGCGGACAUAUUCUCACUUGGUUUGACUAUCUGGGAAGUUGCUCAGCGAAUAAAUGUCUCCAAGAGGAGGCAACUUUUCGACACACUUGUCAAUCAUGGAGACCAUUCAGUGGUUGAUAAUCAUCCGCUAAUUUACAAAAUAAAGGAGAGGAUAAUUCAAAUGACGAAAAAAGACCCGCAACAAAGGAUUAAAGAAAUACAAGAUAUUAAGUGGAGGAAUACUGUAGGACCAAUUGUCGUCCAUUCAGAGCCCGGAGAACUGUUCACCCUCCUCCAAACUGUGGAAAAAGGAUCCUCCCUUAAACUAACUAAGGGAAUUUUUGAAUCAUCCCUACCAUUCAAAGUUACCUCCAAGAAUAUCUCAAUAAUCGGAGAAGAAAUCGAGGAGACCAUUAUUAAAGGAAUAAUGGAGAUUAGUAACGGCUGCACCUUAGCCAACUUUUCCAUUGGCCACACACACGGUGACGACGCUCUAAGACUGGCAGGGGAUGCGAAUUCCGUAACAAAUCUAAAAGUAACAUCUAAAAGAUUUGGUAUCAGUGUGGGAGGAAAUGAAAACGUAUUAAGUAAAGUUACAAUAGUGACUGAGCACAUGGGACUUAGGGUGUCCGGGAUUCGCCACAAAUUUAAAAAUGUAGAAAUUUUAUCAGCAACGUAUGGGGCUUUCUUUACAAGGAGAUCGACUAAUUGUGAUGUAAUAUCAAUAAGGAUUGUUGAUUCCAGACAGGCCCUUACAAUUUCUGGAGAGGGUCAUACCUUUAAAAAUAUUUAUCUUGUUCUCCAAAAACGGAGAGAAGGGGCGCAUGACGGAAUUGUGUUUCAAGAUGAUGCAUCCAACUGUAAUGUGGAGAUUGAAGUGUGGGAAGGAUACGUAAAGGAGGGCGAUGUUCACUUAAGGUGCGACGAUAAGUCUGGGAAUAGCAGGGUGGAUUUAGGAAAUACGAACGCUGUUAUAAUAAAUCAUGGGAGAAAUAUGGAGAUCAUUUCUCCAAAUGGGAGGUAUAUCGAGAAAGACGAUUACCCAAGAAGCUGGGGUUGUGGAAGUUAAGCGGUUCUUUGUCAGGAAAAUACUUGAAUGAAUAAUGGAUAGUAAAUUUCAAUUAAAAAUAGUGAAGUGAAAUUUGCGUGGACAUAUAUAAGUCUAAUUUGUACGUUCGUAAUGUUUCUAACGGAACUUUUUAAGAAACAAGCUUUUUUAAUGUUUACGUCGAACCACACAGAAAAUUAAAAGAAAAAACAUUUGAUUCUUUUCAAUCGUAAUGAUGAUUGCAUUCAGGGUUCGGAAAACCACGGGGUUUUUCUAGAAAAACCCUUAACCAGGAGUUUUUCCGGGGUUUUUGGGGUUUUUGUAGAUUUUGGGGCAGAUUGAAACAAAUUUCUUAAAACAAAAUAUUAGAGUAAAAUUAAUUCAAAAUUCGAAGUCAGCUUGAAAAUUUAAGCAUUUUCAUAUGUGACUUGGACUCCCAAGUCUAAAGUUCAUGUUUAACAUGCAAACCAAGUUGGAAACCAAGAUUUGCUUGUUAGUGAUACGUAGAGAUUCAAGUCACACAUGGAAAUGUUCAAAAUUUCAUGCUUCAAAAUUUCAUUAA